UCAAUUUGACUGACGACCUUUCCCCUCUGCGACAGUUUCCCGAGGUGCCUAGAGCCUUGGCAGCACAGACGAGAGCUAGAACGAAGGCAGGAUGGCGGACGUGCUAGAUCUUCAUGAGGCUGGGGGCGAAGAUUUCGCCAUGGAUGAGGACGGGGACGAGAGCAUCCACAAAUUGAAAGAAAAAGCAAAGAAACGGAAAGGCCGCGGCUUUGGCUCCGAAGAGGGAUCCCGAGCGCGGAUGCGUGAAGAUUAUGACAGCGUGGAGCAGGAUGGCGAUGAACCCGGACCACAACGCUCUGUUGAAGGCUGGAUUCUCUUCGUCACUGGAGUUCACGAGGAAGCCACUGAAGAAGACAUCCAUGACAAAUUCGCAGAAUAUGGAGAAAUAACAAAUAUCCACCUUAACCUAGAUAGGCGUACAGGAUACCUCAAGGGGUAUACUCUAGUGGAGUAUGAGACAUACAAGGAGGCCCAGGCUGCCAUGGAGGGACUCAACGGCCAGGAUUUGAUGGGACAGCCCAUCAGUGUCGACUGGUGUUUUGUUCGGGGUCCGCCCAAGAGCAAGAGGAGAGGUGGCCGAAGACGCAGCAGGAGUCCAGACCGGAGGCGGCGCUGACGGGUCCUCUGUUGUCCAAGUGGUCUGUCAAGAUUUCAUUUGACCAUGCAGCCUGGCGAAACUGGGCUAGGGUAGAACUUGCUGUGUUUCUCUCACCCUUUACCUGCCUUAUGUUUGUGAAUAAAUGUCCCAGUUUUGUUUUCUGUAUUUAAAA